AUGGGGCUGCGCUCGGGAGGGGCGCUGGGCAGCGCCGGCGCGGGCCGGGGGGUGCCCGAGGGGCCCCGGGCGAGCGGCGGCGUGCAGGGCGGCAGCAUCCACUCGGGCUGCAUCGCUGCGGUGCACAACGUGCCGCUGAGCGUGCUCAUCCGGCCGCUGCCGUCUGUGCUGGACCCGGCCAAGGUGCAGAGCCUCGUGGACACGAUCCGGGAGGACCCAGAAAGCGUGCCCCCCAUUGAUGUCCUCUGGAUCAAAGGGGCCCAGGGUGGUGACUACUUCUACUCUUUCGGGGGCUGCCACCGCUACGCAGCCUACCAGCAGCUGCAGCGAGAGACCAUCCCUGCCAAGCUUGUCCAGUCUACCCUUUCAGACCUAAGAGUGUACCUGGGUGCCUCCACGCCGGACUUGCAGUAGCACCUCCUUGGCACCUGCUGUCACCAUCCCCAAGAGCCCAGAAGACACACCUGGCCUCCAGUGGACUGGGUCAUGCAGAAGGUGUAGCAGGAGUGCAUCCUCUCUGCAUCUGGGGGAAGGAUCUGGCUCUAGGCACCCCUUUCGCUAGCUACAAGGCCUUGGACUCGUCCUGAACAGUGUGGGAGUCCCAGUUCCCACCUCUGCAAAAAUGCAAUCGUGACAUUACCCUUGAAGGAUUAUCAAGAGGACGAAAUAAGAACGGAAACAGGUUAGAAGAGCUACAUGCUGCUGGCUCCAAACUCUCAAGGACAAGGAUCUUUCUGCAUUUUUGUCUUUGUAUAUCCCUUAUGUAGACUAUGUUCCACUGCAAGUAAAGGAAAGUCUAGGUUAUAGCAGCUUAAACAAAGAGAGGUUUGUUUUUCCACAUAGUGUAAAUUCUAGAGACAGGUGGCUGAUGCAGUUCAUGACUCAGGGAGGGUAGGGCUCACAUCUGUGAUCCUUUUGCCUUGCUGUCCAGGCUUGUUACUUCAAAGUCAUGCUAUAUCUCCAGAAAUCAUAUCUGUGGUCAAGGAAGAAAGGAGUGGGGGAAGCAGAAGGGUCAAGCUAGCUGGGUCUGUCACCUUCUAUCACAAAUAAAACAUCUGCUAGAGGCCUGUUUCCUGCUCUCUCCCCCUGCAUGUUUCCACUUAGCUAUCCUUGGCCUGCGUCAGCUACCAUUGCUACAGAGAAGGCUAAGAUGGCAGGGAACAGGACUGUCAUGGCCGAGUAGACCAAUCAUGCUCCAUCUCCUGGGACUGGCACACUGCCUCCUGAAAUAAAAUUGGGAUCCCAUUACCAAGAGAGAGAUGAGGGAUUGUGUAUCAGUUAGCCUUUGCUGUGUAACAUACCAUCCCAAAACUUAGCAGCUAAAAAUAAGUCAUUUAUUUGCUCACAAUUCUCUGUGUUGGCAGUUCGGGCUGGGCACGUCUAGGCAGUACUGUUGGUCUCACCUGGGGUGUCUUGUGGGGCUGCAGUCAGCUGUCACCUCAGCUGGGGCUGGAUGGUUUAGGCUAGCCUUAUUCACUUGUCUGGCAAGUGACAGGCUGUUGGCUGGGGUGACUUUGGUUCUGCCCCAUGUGGUGCCUCUCUAGUAGGCUAGCUCAGGCUUGUUCAUAUGGUGGCAUCAGGAUUCCAAGAGAGCAAGAGUCAAAGCUCCAAGACUUCUUGAGUCUGGGAUUGGGACUGGGACAAUGUCACUUCUGCUAAGUUCUUUUGAUCAGAGCAAAUCACAAGGCUUUGCCCAGAUUCAAGGGAUGGGAAACAGACUACACCUCUUGAUGGGAGGAACUGCAAAGAACUUGUGGCCAUUGUUUAUCUAUCACAAAUAAUUUGGGGUAGGCAAACAGUAUUUCUCUCUCUUUCUCUCUUGCACAGGGUCUUGCUGUGCCCUGUCUGAAGUCACUGAGACAUCGGCCUGGCCCUCAGGAUCUAGGGGAAGAGUUGAUGGAGCAGGGGGUGGCUCUGCCCAAGGGGUGGGCCCACUCUAGUAGGGGCAUCUCUCAUUGUCUGCACUGGUGGGAUGGGGUGGGCCAGGUGAGAUGUUCCAGAGGGACUUCUGAAAACCAAGAGUCCUGGGGGAGGGAGAGACGUAGAGGAAGUUUACAGAGUGAGAUGGGCCUUGCUCCCUCUACCCUCUAAGGGAACUCGGUCACUUGGUAUCUUCAAGCCUCGGUGUCCCCACCUGAAUAAUGAGGACAACAGCUUUCCCACCCAUUCUGUGUCCCAGGGAAAGAUGACUGAGGUGAUGAAUAGAAUUUAAAAGGGAUAUAAUCCUGGAUGCAAUGUGCUGUCCUGGAUUUUAUCUUAGAACGAAAAAACAAAAAAAAAAGGACAUUAGUGAGAAAGCUGGAUAUGGGAUACAGCCUGUAUUUUAGUUAAUAAUAUUAUACCAAUGUCGGUCUCUUGGUUCUAACAAAUAUACCAUGGUUAUGUAAGAUGUUGAUGUUGGGGUAGGCUGGGUGAAGAGUAUACAGGAAGUCUUUGUACUAUCUUUGCAACUUCUCUGUAAAUCUAAAGUCAUUCCAAAAUAAAAGUUUGUUUAAUAAAAAA